AUGACUUUCCACCCCGACAACCUCCCUCAGCUUAACGGCAAGGUCUUCAUCGUCACAGGUGGCAACUCUGGAAUAGGCUACUACACUGUCUCUCAUCUCGCACAACAUGGUGCCCACGUCUACAUGGGCGUACGAUCACUAGAGAAGGGCAACGCAGCCAUUGCUGAGAUCAAGAAAGAGCAUCCUUCAGUCCAAAUCGAUCUUCUUCAGAUGGAUCUCAUGAACCUCGCCAGUGUCGUCGAGGCUGCUAAGCACUUCCUCACUCUCGAGACAGCUCUGCACGGUCUUGUCAACAAUGCUGGCAUCAUGGCUACACCCUUUGAGAUGACAAAGGAUAGCCAUGAGGCUCAGUGGCAAACCAACUACCUCUCUCAUUGGGUUCUCACAGAGCAUCUUCUCCCUCUCAUGCAGCAGACAGCCAAGAUACUUCCCGCCGGUAGCGUGCGCAUCGUCAACCUUACUUCAUCUGGUCACAUGGGCGCACCCAAGACAGGCAUCAACUUCGAUGACUUGGCACUCAAGGACCAAGGUGUCUGGGAGCGAUAUGGCCAGAGCAAGCUCGCCAACAUUCUCCACAGCAACACUCUCAACGAGAAGUACGGCCCCGGCUCUGAGAACAAGGACGGCGAGAUCUGGAUCACAUCUGUUCAUCCUGGCCUCGUUGAGACAAAUCUCGCCACAACAGUCGACUCAGGAGAGAAGGGCAUGUUGAAUCUUCUCUCAGCACUUCGCUGCCUCCGACUUCUGUGGAGUGCCGACAAGGGCUCAUGGAAUAGUCUGUUCUGCGCUGCGGGCCAGGACAUGAAGGCGGAGCAAAGUGGCAAGUACAUCGAAUUGUACCACCGAUUCGGAGAGCCUUGGUGGCAAAGCGGUCAUUCCAAGGACGGAGAGCUUGCGAAGAAGUUGGAUGAGUGGACAAGGGAGACCAUGAUCAAAGAAGGAUGGGUUCAAUAG